AAAAAUUGGGCUGCUCGUUCAAUAUCAAGGGGUCCUCCUCUUGCUCUCCCCCUCCCCUUCCUGUUCCUUGUCAACAUCAUCCAUAAUGGACGCCUACCCCACCGAGUUUAUCACCCAUGAGACUCCGCUACUGAUACUUUCUGGCCUUGGUGAACCUGAGACCGAGGCCGCCGCGUCCCCUCUCCUCGAAGAGGGUGGAUUCAAGAUCUCUUCGGAACUACCUCCUGUUACUACUAGCGCUGGUGUACAGCUUCUCGAAUGCUUCCAGAGAUUGGAUGCUUCGUCUGGAGUAUGGGCGGGCCGUACCGAGCGGUCAACAAAGAGUCCAGCAUUCCGAAUACGAGUAGUUGGAAGGAAUUACACCUUACCGCCCCGUAAAGCCGCCCCACCGGCUUCUGGGGGCUCGGCACUUGGAGCUGAAAUCCCACCAACCCGAGCCCUGCAUUCACCUAUCUCCCCACUCUCUCCCGAUACUCCCCUAUACCCCGACGGUGUUAUCUCGAAUCUAUGGCUUCGGAAGCACCAGCUCCUACUGCCUUCAGUAUUUGUUUGCUUUCAUGAGCUCUGCACUGAGUCCAAUGAUGGAAAUAUUCAAAACUUACGAGACAAUGAGCUUAUCGCUUCAAUCAAUGCCGCAAAGAAGCACUUCUCACCCACCACAGGGUCUACGAUCUCAGCAUCAAUAGGUGGCGAUGAAAUUCGAAGCAGCGGUUAUAGAAGCAAGUUUGCUGUUGUGUUAAUGAGUGAUAAGUCUAUUUUAUCAUCACCACGAUUUGAUGAUAGGGUGAGCUACAUUAAACGAUCUACCAAUCUAAUCGCCAAUGCUACGUUUUUCUUUGUUCCUGCCAAUAGUUCGGCGGCAGAGCUGCAGCAGUUUGCUCUCAAUUUUCUGAGUACAUUAUACCCGCUUGCUAUAGAGUACUAUCGAGACCUAUCCAAGCACUCACGGCGUAAGCGCAACAAGGGCUCUGUCCCCCCACCCACAAUACCCUCCUCCAGGGCGCUAUCUCAACAAGCAUGGAACCUCCGUUAUGAGUUUAAAUUGGGCAUAUUCGCAGAAUUCCGGCAGGAAAUGGAUGUUGCAGUGCGGAAUUAUGAGAUGGCAUAUGAGAAGCUGCUAACAGAGGUUUUCGAAACGACAAGCUCCUGGAGCGACCGAUGGACACAAGCCAGGCUUCUUGCAGAUAUCACUAUUCUAAGGCUAAUUCGUUGUCAUCUCUGGGGCGAACAGUAUACAGCUGCCAAACGCCGAUGGAGUGCUCAUGUGACACACAUGACAAAUAUAUUAAACCGCAAAGGGAGAGGAACCGAAACCUAUGGGUUUGCAGCAUGGAUGAGUAGAUGGAACAAGUGUCUUGGUGAACUGAUACAAAGUGGGAGCCUUCCUGUUUUCAAUGUCUCUGCUCCAGCUUCACCCCGGAUGCCGAUGCUUAGGGUGGGCACCGAGGGCAUAGAACCCCCAGCAAUACACGCACCACCAGAGAAGCAGAUUUCUGUUAGUGAGCGAAUAGGCCCACAAGACCUGCUGCAUCACGCUGGGUUUUACUAUCUCAAGGCUGCCGAGUUAUUGUCCGUACGGGUGACGAGAGCGAAAGGGAUAUCCAUCAGUGAUAGCGCAGAUUUAUAUGAUCUCUACCUCUGUCCACCGCCACAGGAAGAGUGUACUGCUGAUCACAAUUCCUCCCAAUUAUCAUUACUUUCCUUGGCAAGACGAGAGUUUGAUUCCCGUCAACAAAAGCGUAUGGUAGACUCAAUUACACUUCAAAUAGCGAAGCUGAAGAUAGCCAAAGCGCCACAUGAUGAGAGCCUCUGGGGGGAAGCAUUGAAGGAUUUACGUUCUGCGGCGCGAAUAUAUAGAAAAGAAGGAUGGUGGGAGGUUCUUGAAGAUGUUUUAUGGAAUAUUGUACAAUGCGGGCGUAAUGCUGGUGAAGGCGGAAGUGUUGUUAUCGCGGAGUUGGAGCUGACGUGUAGUUCUGUCUUCAAAGAGCGGAGAGGGUGGAGAUAUGAUCUUUCUCGAUCUCUGGAAGGCGUGGAAACAGUCAAGGUCAAGCCUACUCUGGUGGUCCGUGGAGGGGACGUUGUUAGCUUCCUUACUGCAUCAUAUUCUUUUGAAACUCCAAGUGUCCACGCCGGAGACUCCAUCGUUUCGCAACUAGUCAUAUCCUCAGAUGCCCAUGCUAGUGCAGCACCAAUAGUCUUCUCGGAGUUGAAAAUAUCCUAUGAAGGAAACCUUCGAACUAUACUUCUACGGCAUACCCCAUCCUCUCCACGGCCAGACUUGAAAAUAAAUAAAAUCAAUCUCAAAGGGAAGGUCCAGGAGCAGAUUCACUCUCCCGAUGAGCCUCUUCCCUCUCCUACAUCCACCAAAUCUUUCCUAGUCGCAAACACAGACCUCUCACUAGCACCGGGGGAAACCAAAGUCUAUGAGUUCUCGUCUAUCCUUCGUGAGGCCGGUGAUGCCAAGGCUAUAUGCGCCACAUUUGUAAUGUAUACAGAGGGUUUCGAAUUAGACUACAUGGUUAUGUUAGAUACAGAUGGUGCUAGCGGGGUUUGGUGGGCUGGGGAGGAAGGCGGACCCCUGAAGAAGAAACCUCUUAGAGCUAAGGAGCCUGGUACCUUGGCCAUCAUGCCUAGACCACCGAAAAUGGAAGUUACGGCCAAGAGUGCGAUUGAGGGUGAACUAUACAUUAAUGAGAUCGUAAAGAUCGAGCUGGCGGUUGAAAACGGUGAAGAAGAAGAUGCUAUAGUUGAUAUAGGCCUGCGGAUUCUUGGAUGGCCAGUGGAUGACGAUCUACCGUCAGUAACCUGGAUAUCUGAUGGAGUAGAAGAGCCAGCAACAGCAUCUCUAUACCCACUAGGCAAACUUUCUCCGUCCGCACCCCCAACAAAACGCACAAUAUGCUUCCCAUCACCAUCAAUGCCUGCCGAUUGUGCAAUAGAGAUAACGGUUCAUUACCAUCUAAUCUCCGAUCCAGAUACCUACAUUCAUAAAAGUGUCAUGACCGAGAUGCCUAUCAUCAAUCCAUUUUCUACAACCUUUGACUUCUCCCCACGGGUCCAUCCAGAUCCAUGGCCAGACUACUUUUCCCUGGAAGAAGGCACCGGAUGGGAGAAUGGAAAGAGGGUACUCGGCAUUAUCCAGCAAUGGUGUCUAACCGUUACGCUAUACACCACCGGAGGAGGCGUGGUGGUAGUUGAGAACUGGGAGCUUCCAAUCCAUGCUGUGGAAAGUGGCGGAGACGGCUCAGCUUGCCGAGUGAUAACAGACGAAGACUCCAAAGAAUCAUUACUCCUCGACAAAGUAAAACCCACCCCACUCCCCUUUACUCUUGACAUCCAAAAGCGCUCCCUCGAGGACCGAUCCGCCGCCUCGAUCGACGUUACCCUAGUCCUCCACUGGCGUCGCGACUCCCUCCCCUCCGCCCCCCUAAACACCACCACCCUCGCAGUCCCCCGCCUUCCCAUCCCGCCAUCUGAGCCCCGUGUCCUCGCCGCCGUAAUUCAGCCAUCCCCAACCCUAACCCAGCCACUUCCUCCAAACGUAAUCACAAUCCGCUACACCCUCGAAAACCCAACCAACUACUUCCUAACCUUCAACGUGCUGAUGGAAGCCAACGAAGCUUUCGCCUUCUCGGGUCCUAAGCAGAUCCUCGUCCAACUAUUGCCGAGUUCCAGAGCCGAAAUUGAGUACAGACUCUUCGUCUUCCCGGUUCCCAGAGAGAAGGAUGUCAGAUUCGAAGGGGAGGAAGGUGGCAGGUGGAUUAAGCCGGGCCUAAGGGUUGUGGACAGGUACUUUAAUAAGAUACUCAGAGUCUCGCCUGGGAGUGAGGGGGUGGGCAUCAAGAAGGCGGGGCUGGUGGUUUGGUUCAAGGAGGCAGAGUAGGAUCUUCGGGCCCGUCGAGGGGUGAGUCAUAACAGAUAGGAUACGGAAUGAAUCAGAGGAUGUGUUGAA